GACAAUUAAAUCACUUGAGAUGUCUAACAAUUCAAGCGGCCCACACAAGCCACACGUUGCAUGUCUCUUACAUAGACAAGACGGUUCGACUCUCCGUUUCACUGGAAAUGGUUUAAUUUUAGAAUUUCCGUUCAGCCCUACUUGGACAUAAUGCGUGCACUGCGUUUAGUUGUGGAUUUUGACAUGUGCUAGCGUGUCGCUAAUUUGUUUUAUUUUCCUAUUCAGUGUCAGUGGUAUUUUAUUUGUCAGUGACUAAUGUGAGAUAGUGCCGAUAGUGCCCUUUUGUGUAUUUGUGUUAGUACUGCUUCUAUACGAUCAAGGCUGUUUUACAAGUGAACGCGCGUGACAUACUCCGAUGUGCUGUGUAUAAUAUCACACGUAUUUUCCUCAACGGCGAGAACAAAGAAGUCCUUUCGCGAAUUUAAUUUCAACACUUUCCAACUAGCGACGCACCAGCCUGUUGAUCUAACACGUGUCGCCUCCGUGCAUACGUGAAAACGAGAGGAUGCGAGCGUUCGACGCGCGCGUGCAAUAAAAAUCGAAUGCAAAAAUGAUUAAAAGGAACGGUGAUAAUGUAUUUGCGAUCGCGUCGAGUAACAAUCAGUGUCAAGGCGGUCGGAGCGCCGUCUCGCUCUGUCCCGGCAGCGGUGGCGGCGGCGCGGCCACGAGGAUCCCGCGCGCCACUGCCGCCAGGAUGACGCCGCCCGACGCGCAACAACACACCAAGGAGGCUAACAUCGCGAUCUCAACAUAUGUUGAAAAGUGGAAAAACAGAUAUGAGGAGGCCGAGCGAAAACACAAAGCAUAUUUACUUAAAACCGAAAAAGCUAAACGCGAGUACGAUGACUUGCAAAGGCGACACAACAUACUGUUUGAAGAGCGACAGCAUCUGGAGUCGGAGCUCAGAGAGCGGUCCAGGGAGCUCAGCAAACUCAAGAAUGUGUCGGAGAAGCUGUUCAACGAGUACCAGCAGCUCAAGAACCAGAGGGAUGUGGACGCUGGGGUUAUGCACAAGGUGAUGCAGCAAGCAGGCGAGUGGUACAAGGAGAACAAACAACUGAAGCGGCGCAGCACCGCGCUCAUACAGGCACUGCCGCCGCGGGCCAUCGAGAUCGACUACACCGACGCCAUCGAUGCAGCUUCAGACACCAGCAGUAAUGAAGAAGUGGAGUUCCUGAAGAGUACAGUGGCGGAGCUGUCAGCGCAGGUGGCCGCCCUACAGACAGACCUGCAGACUGCCAAGCUGCAUGAGUUUGAGGCCCAUGAGGCCAAUGUCGCCAUUGGACAGGAGUUAGAAGCAGAGAAAGAGAAGUCAGCGGCGCAGGAGAAGGAGUUGCAGGAGUUACGCAUCCAACUGGAGAGACACAACCGAGUGUCCAAGCUACUCAUGGAGGAAGUCACCGGGCUGAAGAAUAAUGCUGACAAGGACCGGGAGAUGGCUGAGACAUACAGAACAGAAGCCCGCGCAGCGAAGAAGCGAGUGAAGCUACUGACACACCAGAGCAGUCUAUUAAUGGGCUCCUUACUAGGGGGCGACCUACCGCCCGAUGAGAGACUGCAGAGACUGUUACACGAGGUGGACUGUCUCAAGGAUGCACUGGAAGACCAGGCACUUAGGCACAGGGACCAGCUCGAUGAAUUACAGUUGAAACUAGCAGAGAAACACGAGGACACAGACAUUUUACUAUGGGAGGAAAAGAUCCGUCUGGCUGAGGAGGACGCGCAGAAAGCUCUAGAAAGGGCCGAGGCUGCGGAGAGGAAAUUGAAGGAACUUCAGCAGAGGAACACCAGGCCACAGCCCAGGGAUAAGUUGAUGGCCAGGAUAUCUUACUUCGAGCAAGGGGGACAGAAAAAGAUGGAUGAGGUUAAAGAGGAAAUUAUAGCAGUUACUGCUCCUGCAACAAGUGGAUCCCCACCGCAACCUGCAGAGCGUCCACCAUCCCCACCUCCACCAGCCGCUCCUUCAGUGUCCCCCCCUCCCCCGCCACCACCCCCUCCUCCUCCAGCGCCGGUGGCAUUCGAGGCGUCGGGCGCGGACGACAUGGCGCAGAUGUUGGCCAACAAAAGUGGGACGCUCAGGAAGAGCAAGCAGAAUGGCGCUGACUGUGGUGGUGCAAUAGAUGCAAUAGUAGAUCAGAUCAAGGGUGGUAAGUUCCACCUGAAGUCCACCGACCAGAAGUUCACAGAGAAGAAGGCCAAAGAGGAACAGCCCGAGGCAGUGAAGGAGAUGCUCGCCAUACUCGGCACUCUGCGCAAGAGGAGGACUACUGCUAGACCUGGGUUUGUGGAACCCGACGUCUGAGGGACGUGGAGGACUAAAGGUACGCUUCUACACAAUCCAGGACUACUGCUUUUUGGUCUUCAAAUGGCGCUGAUGUAUGUAUGAGGUCAUUAUAACUGUCCAAAAUUAAAUGUCCGAUGAUAUUAGCCAAGAUAUUGUAGCUCUCAAUUUUAAUGUUGUAUUGAAUCAUCUUAUUAACUAUGUUAGCGCCAUCUGGUGAGCAUAAAAGAGUAGCCCCAUUGUUGCUGAGUAUUCUAUUUAGAUCAAUACUAUCUGACUAUGACUAAAAGUAUGUAGUUCUUAUUUUCCUUUCAAGACAAGACUAUCAUUUAUACACCUUUUAAGAGAAGCAAUGUACUUAUGCAUUUGAACAGAUGCUUAUUUAGUCAAUGUCAAUUUAAUACUACUAUAAUUACUACUAUAACGACUAUGACAAUCCCUUUCACAAACAGGCGUAAUGUUAUAUCAUUGUCAAGCAAUAAUAACUUGUUCAAUAUGAACAAAAAUAAACUUAUUUAGACUAUAUUUUGUUCCAAAACAAAUAGCAUUUUUAUAAUAAUGUUCU